AUGGGAAAUACAGACUCUAAGCUUAUUAUUUAUAAGGAGCACUUGUUGCGACUCGCCACGGAUGAAAUAAUCCCUUUGUAUGGGACUUCUACUAGCACAGACUCUUUGAUAAGUAGCAAGACUGGGCAAACCAAUGGAAAUGCCAAGAGUGCAGAUUUUGCAGCUGGUGCUGGGAAAACUGCUACGUCAAAUGGCCGUAACAAUGGUAAUACUAAUUUCAAGAAUAUUCUCUCUCCGUUUGACCCCUUUUACACUAAUUUGGUCUCGGCAGAUUUACCUCCGCAAUAUUUAUCGACGUACCUUAACACUACAGAACUUAGAGCAAUAUUGCAACACAAUAAGACCAACUUCACUAACCUUUUGCAUUUCCUUACCUAUAGCAUAAUCCAGUACAGUUCGUUUCCCAAAUCGUUGAAGGACCCUAACAACCGACGGUCGUUGACCAAUUGUUUGCGUAUACUGUGUAAGCUGAUUCCAGUGUUGUUUGAACAAUCAGAUUUGGAGGGAUGCUUGGAAGCAGAAGUGUUUUGGUCAAAAACUACUUGGCCAAAUGUCCUAUCGUUAAAUUCAGGGCAUUCAGAAGUGUCAAAUACAGCGACUGUGGGGAUUCCGGACUCCCCAUAUAACUCGUCCUCAGGUAAUACUAAUUCUUCCUCAAUCAAUUCCACGUCAGUCAAUGUUGAUUACAAACCAAGCCCCCAAGAUUCAUUACGUGUAACUAUUCCAAAUCAACAAGAUCCACUAGAUCCUUGUUUCCUCGGUGCUAAGCUCCUCAGUGCAUUGGUGGUUUUAUCCUCGCAGGAAGGCUUUGUCUAUGGUAGCGAGGUGAUUUCUCAAACAUCGCCACUCUCAAGUGUGCAUUAUGAUAUCCAUCUUUUGGACAUUCUAAGACUUUUCAUAACAUUGCUAUCAAAGCCGUUAUACAAACCUUCUCAGACCAAUAGGUUUUUGGAAUCGUUUUUGAUGGAUUCAAACUCGGCCUUUAAAAUACACGAGCUUGCCUCUUCUUUACUUAAAGUCAUCGUACGAUUCGACCCACGAGUAAUAGAUCCAAUCAAAAAGUCUCUCUUCUACACUUCAUUGCAAUUCUUCAAUAUCACAAUGAAAUUUACUUCGGAGGAUGAUGAACAAAUUAUACUAUUGUUCUUCCAAACCCUGUCGCCAAAAAUGGUGGCAGACAAAAUAUACCAGCCUUUGCAAGAUAUUUUGUCAAUCAUCAUUGAAGGUGAAGAUUUGUCCAAUUUUCAGUCAUGUUUGCCUAUAUUUCAAUUCCUAUUCAACUUAUUUUUGCUGAAUCCAGAAACACGUACCGAACUAUCAAGUCGUUUCGGUACAGUAUUAUUAACAACAUUGAUUAUUUAUGCUAAAGUCAUCAGUCAAGAGAGGUAUUGUAAGCCAAUGCUGCAAUUUGUAGCCCAUUUCAUGGCGUAUCUAUCAUCUCUCCCUCAAAUCCACCAGAUGUCAUCCUCAAAUUUGAAAUCCUGCCAACUAACAUUCCUCUCUGAAAAGGUCAGAAAUCAACCCAUAUCAAUCCGUGAAUUUUGUAUUAUUCAAUUGGUUAGACAUAUCAUCCCAAUACUAACCACUCAGGAUGCAGUGGUCGAUCCUUGUUACAUUGAAACAUUGUACAACUUAUUAAGGAUCCCUUCUUCGUUGAAUUAUUCUGCAUGCAUGUCAAUACAAAACCUAUUGACAACAUUUCACGAGUCCAUUCAACUACCUGUAACCUACUCUUCACAUUAUUCACAUUCCCUAAGUUUUAAACUAGACCUUUUAUCCGUUUUGAUUCAUGCACUCGUCAGUAAUAUCCUAGAAGACUUCCAGCACAAUAAAAUUCUUCUUUUUGUUCUUUGUCGCAAUGAGGCUGUUUUGCAGCAAUUGUUACAACUGAUUGAAAAUCUCUCGCAAGAUGAAUCAAGAAACAAACCCCUUGCCCCAGCAAUGAUAACAAAAGAAUCAGAUUUUCCGCUACCCAUACUCCAUGGUCACAAAAGUUUUAUUGAACGUUUAGAUUUUGAUUAUAACCUUCUUGAUUCAGAUAUCACUUUGGUCAAAUUACGUCCAUCUUGGCCAAUAGGUAUGUCCUUAAGAAGCAAACAAAAAUUAAAAUGGGACUCUGUUUUGGCGAAGACAUGGUUAGGAAACAAAUAUGCAUAUGCUCUUAUCAAGGCAAUACAAAUUAUCAAUUCCGAAUUUCCUUCCAUUCUUAAGAUUACAAGGAAAGAAGAUUUGAAGAGGGUUCUGCUACAUUUGAAGAUAUUUGAACCAACAUUGAUGAAGCUGAUGGAACCAGUAAUACCAUUGCCAUUGACAAGAAGGAAUACUACGUGUCGAUACUUGUCAUGGGAUCAUUUUUCAUGGAUGAAAGACAAAUCAGUAGCAUAUUGGUUUGACUAUUUGUUGUGGUCAGAUGUCUUUAACAGUACUUCAGACAAAGUGUACAUAUCAGAGCAAGACAUCGAUAGCUUUGGGCCUUUGUCCAGCCCUGGAAACAGUAAUUCUGGUUCUGGAUCCGGAACGGUGAACUCAAGACAAAGUAAUAGACUAGAGAGAUUUAAUUCCAACGGUUCUAUUUUGUCUCGGACUAACACCAAUGACGAUAUGAAGCCUAAAAAUUCUUUCGAGCAUGUACCUGGUAAUAAUCGUGAUAUUUCCGGUAACGGUGUGUCUCCCAAUAAUAACACCAGUAACAAUAACAACAAUAUUAACAGUAAUAAUAGCAAUAACAUGAACAGUAAUAACGGUAAUUCCUCUGGCAACAAUCGUAAUAGUGGAAGUAGUAGUAGUAGUUGGUUCAGGAUGCCGUGGUCAUCUCAUGAUGAUGGCAAAAAUCACAACAAUAAUAGUACUAAUAAUACCAAUUCUCAUGUCACAGAGAACAUGGAGUACUACAAGACAUUAUCAAAGCCUAAUAUUUGGACUGGAACCAAUAUUAGGUUGUUCCCAUUGGUUGUUGAAGAAUGCGAAUCAGAAUUUUCGUUUGUCGAUAUGACAUCGUCAUUACUGAAACGUCUAAGAUUUAACAGUACAGCAAGUUUAAGCUCAAUGGAAACAUACCACACGUUAAAUACUAAUUAUACAUAA